AUGAAGCGCACCGAGUCCUCUGAUGAUCGCAACCAGCUUGCCCCCCACAUGCACCCAGAAGGAGACGAUGAAAUGCCGAGCUGGGUUCACAGCGCCAUGGCAGCGGAAACACUAUCUCAGCCCUGGAAAUCCGAAUUUGGUAUCGAAGAAGAUCCAGCAUUUGGCGAAGGAGAGGACAUUCUUGCAUUAUACAAUGAGGGAAUAGCGGCAUGCCCCGGGGAAGGCUCGCUUGCUGCUUAA